GACAAUUCAAACUUCGUAGUCAAAUUUCCAAUCGCCCGAAGAGGUAGGAUGCUUCCAAAAAGCGUACGGAAAUAAGAGUUUUGCGCUGACAAAUAAUAGCGUUUAAUUUAUUUAUUUUUAAUUUGAGAAAUAUUUGACUGGCUUCCUUAUUUUCUAAUAGGUUGCCACUAAUGUUUCACUUUACCAGAGCAUCGGGCCAUGAGCUCCGACCAGACAGCUGGCAGACGUACUGACUGCAUCUCGACUGCUGAUGUCUGUAUUGAGCCGAGAGGUGCAGAUGCGGUCUGGGUCCUGCUUCAGGAGUGAAGCCUCUCUGAACUAACACCAGAGGAGCCAUGGACAAAGCGGAGAGGUGUGCCUGUAAUGCUCAGGGGUGAGAAGGAGAGCAGCUGAGGAGGAGGAGAUGGGCUGCACCUCUACCAAGCAAGUGUCUGCGGUGCCCAACGGAGAAGAGGGCCAGAAUAAAGCCUACAGCAACGGGGACCUCCUCUCUGAUGAGUACAAGAUGAAAGGCGUGGAGAAAGUCAAGUACAUCAGCGGAGAAGAGGGCGCCGUGGACGGCCAGGACAGCACAGAGAAAAGUGCUCUCCUUGGUAAAGGUCAACACAUGGAUGAAACGGGGUCAAACGGAAAUGGAAAGAUUUUGAGCAUCCAUUCCUCAGAGAGUCAGCAGGAAUUCUUCAGGAUGUUGGAUGAGAAAAUUGAAAAAGGCCAGGACUUCUGCUCAGAGUAGGAGGACAUGUCGUGGUCGAGUACCCAUCGGCCCCGGUAUGAAAGAAGUGUCAUCGCAGUGUUCCGGAUGGACCGCGCCAUGCGUUACGACGUAGGGGGGGAGAUUAGCAACUUGAAUCAAGCACCUUUUUGCCCUCCUGCGCACCACAUUAGUUCCUGCUCAUAUAUCAACCAAGAGGGAAAGGAACUAGAAAAAAAAAAAUCAAAGAUGGUUUAAUAUUUAAGUUAUUGAGGUUUUACUUCCUUAAUGAAGCCAUUACAGGAUGACAGAGUUUGGGGUUGUGAGUAACACGUGCGUUUCUUUCCCUCCUUGGAUAAGUCCUGGAAGGUCAGUAGACAUGGCUGUUACCCAGACGUCCGAUAAACAUUCAAACUGUUGCACAUGAACAUUCCCAACAACAGAAGCAACCUGCGCUCUCAUGGACUCUCAAAGUGAAGAUUAUGUCUAUCUGCAUUAUUUUUGACUAUUUCAUUCUUAAAUGCCUCCCUGAAAAGUCAACAGGUUGGGACACUUCCUGCAUUCCAAGACAGUUUGAACCUCUUUUCUACAGUUCGUUGGCCAGUACAGUGUCCGUCUGUCUGUCCAUGUCUGUUUCUGCUAUGACGUAGAGUAUUUAUGUUGAAUAAGGCUCAGGGUUGAAGUGUUGUAAUCCGUCUCAUGUAGUCAAGUCCCUCCUUUCAUUAGGACACUGUUGCACCGUUAAAACGUACUCGCACUCAUGCACUCAAACAGCAGGGUCAUCGGCGCCCACUGCUCCAGCAUCUGUCCCGUGUUACACCUCCAGGGUGGACUCUGCUACGUCACAUAACAAGUUUUAUUGUGUUUUUCGCUCACCAGUGUUAUGUUGUCGUGUUCAGUUUCUUUGUUGAAUUUUUGGUUUUCUAGAAAAAAAUAAAGUGAUUUCAGUAAGUUAUUCA